AUGGAGGGACCUUCAAAACCCAACAUCCGACGAACACGAUCAGGAUGCUGGAACUGUAAAAAACGACGCCGAAGAUGUACAGAAGACAAACCAUCCUGCAAGGGGUGUCUCAAGCGUGGACAAGAGUGUCACUAUGGCAUCCGCCUGCUGUGGGAGGAUGAAGCCCAAUCAAUGGGUAUUGCUUUUGGUAGAUCCGGCAUGAAAGAUCGAUUCAUGAAGACGAAGAUCAAGUCCACAGUCGAGCAUUACUUUCUUCCUGUGAAAUCCCACGCCUCUCGGUAUUGGCUUACUACGACAUCGGAUGAUUUCCGCUUGCUCUACGAGGGCUGCCCGGAUACACGACCGACAAUACAGAUUUAUGAUAUGAAUCGAGAAAUGAGUGCCGAAUAUCUUGUCCCAAGGGAUACUUUCCCCCUGACUCUAUGUCACCACCCUUCUCUCGAGGAGGCUGAUAAUCUUCUCUUUCACUAUUUCAGUAAUAUCUGCACCCUCCGCCGAUCCUUGACGGACUCCGAAAACCCAUGGCGAUCAGUUCUACUUCCAAUGUGUUUCCAAUCAGACGGCCUCUUACAUAUUGCCAUCGCAUGGGCCGCACACUCCCUCCGCAACCAGUGUGAUAAUCGAGAUAUACAUAAAUACGACCAAAUGAUCCUUAAACACAAAGUCAACUCUCUCAAGCACCUCCGUGACAUGUUACCCAAAGACUACAACGACCAGACACCUACAGUCUUUCCAGCCCGCACCCGAAGCGAGCGAGAUAGUCUCCUCCUCCUCGUGAUGUUUCAUUGUCUCCUAGAGAUCGCCAGCGGAAGUGUUGUGGAGUGGACGUACCACAUGAAAGGUGCUAUUAGAAUUAUGAAAUUCUACACGACUAACUGCUCAUCUAUGCCUAGGCGGGAAAUCUUCAGCAAAGAGGUUCUUGAGCUGGUUUAUACGUUUUUCAUUGAGAAGAAUAUUUUCCUCGGCACUUGCCUGAAUAUCUCCAAUGAGGGGGAAGAUUCCCUUGAUGGCAUCCAGUGGUCAACUGAAGUACCUUCCGUGUUCCCUUUUCUUGCGGGUCGUGGACGCAUGGAAGUAAACCCGUGUAUGGGGCUGUCUCCUGAAUUGUUGGAUAUCAUUUUCUGUAUAAGUGAUGGUGCCCGGAGACGACAUGUAAUAGGUCACUGUUUUGAUGACAACGACACCAACACAAGGCAGAUAUUCGAAACUAUACAGCAGCGGCUUCGUUGUAUUAAACCCACCGAAAAGUCAAACAGCAAUCAACUAAUGGAGCUACACUCUACCGCAUUCGAAGAGGCGACUUGGAUCUACCUAUACCAUGCGAUUAAAGGUGAGCCUUGUCAGAGUGAGAUUAUCCAAAGCAUUCAUCUCCCUAGGAUUAUCAAUACCCUUGAGCAGAUUCACAAGGUACAUGGUGCCCAGCUUGGUUUUCUGCCUUAUCCAAUGUGGGCGCUUUUUAUCGCUAGCUGUUUUGUUCUGGAAGAUGACCGGGUGAAGAUUCUCGAGUUCUUCACUGUGCUCAAGGAUAAGAAGCCUAUUAGUAAUGUUCCAUCUACUAUGGCUGCAGUUGAAGCGAUAUGGAAGAAAAGAGAUCUGAGCUCUGACGAGACGACCAUGGCCUCGUCACGGCAUACGGCUACUUGGACACAUGUUAUUUCCCAGCUAGGAUGGAUGAUGCCACUUACUUAG